AGCUGUGGCUGUGGGGCAGGGAGCAGGGAGCUGAUUGGUGGAACCAUGGCUGUGGGGCAGGGAGCAGAUUGGUGGAACCAUGGCUGUGGGGCACGGAGCAGGGAGCUGAUUGGUGGGGCCGUGGCUGUGGGGCAGGGAGCAGGGAGCUGAUUGGUGGAACCAUGGCUGUGGGGCACGGAGCAGGGAGCUGAUUGGUGGGGCCGUGGCUGUGGGGCAGGGAGCAGGGAGCUGACUGGUGGGGCCGUGGCUGUGGGGCAGGGAGCAGGGAGCUGAUUGGUGGGGCCGUGGCUGUGGGGCACGGAGCAGGGAGCUGACUGGUGGGGCCGUGGCUGUGGGGCAGGGAGCAGGGAGCUGAUUGGUGGGGCCGUGGCUGUGGGGCAGGGAGUAGGGUGAUGGGAGGCUGUGGUGCCCCAGGCAGGGCAGGGGCCUGGUCCCCCCUGUCGGUAACCCACGGUGCCAGGUUGGUGACGGUGACAGUGACGGUAACGGUGACAGCAGCGGUGACGGUGACAGCAGCGGUGACAGUGACGGUGACAGCAGCGAUGGGUGCGGGGACAGAGCCGGCGGAGGCGCAGUGUGACUCACUGGAGGGGAAGGUGUACCUGGACCACAACGCCACCACCCCGCUGGCCCCCGAGGUGGCCCAGGCCGUAUGGGAUGCCAUGUGCCAGGCCUGGGGCAACCCCAGCAGCUCCCACCCCACAGGCAGGAAGGCGAAGGAGCUCAUCGGCAGCGCACGGGAGAGCCUGGCCAGGAUGCUGGGAGGCCGCCCUGAGGACAUCGUCUUCACCUCAGGGGGCACGGAGGCGAACAACAUGGUGAUCCACACUGCCUGCAGGCACUUCCACGAGAGCCAAUCUGGGAGAGGGGACAGCCGGGGAACACCACAUAUCGUGACAUCGAGCGUGGAGCAUGACUCCAUCCGCCUGCCGCUGGAGCAGCUCGGGAGGGAGGGCCUGGCAGGGCUUGUCUCCUGGCCUGCAGAAGCCACUUUUGUGCCUGUGUCCCCAUGGAGCGGGCAGGCAGAGGUGGACGAUGUCCUGGCUGCCAUCCGGCCAAACACCUGCCUGGUCUCCCUCAUGUUGGCCAAUAAUGAGACAGGGGUCAUCAUGCCCGUCGCGGAGCUGAGCCAGCACGUCUGUGCCCUCAACCAGCGCAGAGCAGCGGAGGGGCUGCCCAGGGUCCUGGUGCACACGGAUGCAGCACAGAUGAUUGGCAAGGGGCGCGUGGACGUGCAGGAGCUGGGCGUGGACUACCUGACCAUCGUGGGACACAAGUUCCACGGCCCGCGGAUCGGAGCACUGUACGCCCGCGGCCCCGGCACCACCACCCCGCUGCACCCCAUGCUCUUCGGAGGGGGACAGGAGAGGAGUUUCCGGCCAGGCACUGAGAACACCCCGAUGAUCGCCGGCCUUGGCCAGGCUGCAGAGUUAGUGAGCAAGAACUGGGAGGCCUAUGAGGCUCAUAUGCGGGAUGUCCGGGAUUACCUGGAGGCCACGCUGGAGGCCUCCUUUGGGAAGCAGAGGAUUUGCUUCAACAGUCACUUUAAGGGCUCCAAGCGACUCUGCAACACCUGUAACUUCUCCAUCCUGGGCCCAGGCCUUCAAGGACGAAGGGUGCUGGCCCACUGCAAGGUGCUCCUUGCCAGCGUCGGGGCUGCCUGCCACUCUGAGAAGGGGGAUCGGCCCUCCCCGGUGCUGCUGAGCUGCGGGAUUCCCCUGGAGGUGGCGCGGAACGCGCUGCGGCUGAGCGUGGGGCGCAGCACGGCACGGGCAGACGUGGACAGAGCUGUGCAAGAUCUCGUGCAGGCUGUGGAGCAGCUGGAGCGGGACCCGGCCCCAUAGACCCUGGAACUGCUCCCCGGACACCACUCAGUGGGCAGAGCUCCUGUUGCCAGCUUCACCUGCUCCUCAAGGAAACAGUUGUAGGGGUGGCUGUGACUGUGCCAGCACUCGAGGGAACCCUGUGUGGCCCAGGGGGUUUCUGGUCUCUGGCAUCACCAACACUGAAGGACACAAGUGUCACAUGGAUCAGGAGCGUUGCCAGCUGGGCUGGCUGAUGUCAGGGAACUUGGUCUCCCUGGCUAUUCAUAGGAAUAAAAGUAAUUCCUGCUGCUUUUCACAA